AUGCCAGCUGAUCAAAUACAAUAUUCUGAAAAGUACAACGACGAUAAAUACGAAUAUAGGUUGGUAUGAAAGAAUUAGUUAAUUUAUGUUAAAAUAUUAAAUAAACCAAUAUAUUAAAAUUUGUGAGACAUUUCCAAAACAUAAAUUUAUAAAAUAUAUUUUAAUUUAAUAUAUUUGAUAUAUUUGAUUUUAAUUUACUUGAUGUAAUAUUACAUUAUUUCAUUUGAGAGAUAUACCAAAAGAGUAAUAUUAUAUUGUAUAUUUUCAUUUUUUAUGUUCAUUUGUAACUGUACAUUUUUUUAUCAAUCUAGGAAUAUUUCAGAUAAUAUAUAUAAUAAUAGAUAAGAAUAAUUUAUUUGUUAUAACUGAAAAUAUGAUUCUGUGUAUAAUAAGUAUUAAUUUCUAGCUAGUUACUAGAUAAACAUUUAUCUGUUUAUAGACAUGUCAUUUUACCAGCUGAUUUAGCAAGACAUGUUCCAAAAACUCAUCUCAUGUCAGAAACAGAAUGGAGAAAUUUAGGAGUUCAACAAAGUCCAGGCUGGGUACAUUAUAUGAUGCAUGUACCAGAGGAGCAACUUCAGUCAAUUUAAACCAAUGACCACAUUCACAACGGCGUGGCUGUCCGUCAUGCAACCACAUCCAAUUCACAUGUGCAGUAUCUUCCUCACAUAUGCAACCAACAAUACGACUUUUGAAUGCACUUGGUACUAAAUUUGGACUUUCUCUUGUACUGUCACGCACUAUUUCUAUAGCCUUCAUAUGAUAAGGAUCCUGAAAUGAUAAAUUAUGAACAAUUAAUUAAAAUAUUAAUAGGAAAAUAAUUUAUAAUUUCAUCCAAAAACCAUGAUGUCACAAAUAAAUUCAGAAAAUGCAAAAAUAUUUGAUUAUGUUGGAUUAUAACAUGGAUAAGUUUCUUUGCUCCAAUUUAUAUUUUUUAGGUGUAACCUGAUUGAAAAGUAUUUUACAUAGAUUUUUUUCUUACAAAUUUCAACUUUACUAUGUCUAUUAAUUUUAAUUAAAUUUUUAAGUUCAGUAAUUUCAAGAAGUAG